AUGGAGAUGGCGUCUACACUGGCCGAAAUAGCAGCAAAGGUAACUGUCGUAUGCGAUACGAGUGAACCAAUGCCGAUCUUGGGAGCCGACAUUGGCAUAACAAUAAGAAAGUACUUUGAGAAGAACGGAGUCAAAGUGCUGGUAAACGCGAAGCCGGCUUGGUUUGUAGGAUCAGGUCAGGUUAGCGGCGUCCAGUUGGAGUCUGGAGAAAUAGUCAAUGCAGACGUGGUCGUCCUCGGAGUUGGGACACAACCGCCGACGGAUUUCCUCAAAGGUACCAAUGUAGCACUGGAUGAAGAUGGUUACAUCAAAGUGGAUUCUAACUUCAAG